UCAAAACAAGCCAAAUAAAAACUGGCGGGCCGGGUAUUUUUUUUUAGUAAAUUCGUUGUUUUUUAAUAAAAAUUUUGCUAAAUUUAUACUUAAAAUAAUAAAACAUAGAUUUCAAAAUGUCCUCUGCAACAAAUAAUGUCAUAACGGACUGGAAACGUUUAUGGCAACUGGUGUCUGGCAUACACCAUGAGACGCCCGAGUCUACAGUGAAAGAGGAGCUAUUUAAUGUUUCAAAAGAGUUGCAGGAUGGUAUACUACAAUUUAAAACGGCCAAGUCAACAACAAAUAAUUUGGAAAAAUUGUUGAGCGAUAAGAAGCAGGAUAAAUUAUUGCCAUUUACCUUGAGAUUGCAGGAAUUGUUGGAUCUUGAGUCUUUACAAUGCUGGGAAAUCUUAUGCUACUAUUUGGCCAAUGAAUACCGCGGUUCGGCCAGUUCUCUUAACAGUUUGAUUUCAACGGAAAAUAAUAUGACCCAAUUGUUGGAUGAUAUAUGGGGUUAUUACACCUUAGAACGUAUGAUUGUUUUGAAAAUUGUUAAAAACCUUUUGAUAUUCUACAAAGUGCCAAAUCAUCCCUAUCACAAUGAGUACAAGGAAAUUGUGGAUAAAAUCGGACUGGACAAGCUAAGAGAAUCAUAUAUGAAACAAUUAGAACACUUGAUUAAUGAGCAGCCUCCACAGAAACUUAGCGCCAGAGAAUUCUUCAACUAUCAGGCAAAAUUGGUGAAUUGGUCGGAAAGAAAUGCUCGAGAAAUCAUAGAAGUUUUACAGAUACUCUUAAUAUUGUGUGAUCAUAAACAUUUAAGCGUGGCGGAAAUUAAACGAUUAUUCAGUUGCUUUAAGCAGCAUUCGUUUGGUCGCCAGCAGGCCUAUUUAAGCACCACAAAUUCUCUGCAUGCUGAAUUAUUUCUACGUUUAGCUUACUCAGAAGUAGCCAUAUUUCUCAAGUGUUUAGAUUUUAAAGAUGCCCAAGCGGCUACAAAAAUUGCCCAAGAAAUCUACGAGAGCUUAGAUAAAGACUUAACACGAAUGUGUCAUCAUGCGGAAAAUGGUCCUAUUUUAUUGUCAUGGAUGAUGUUGCAAAUACGCUGUUGCAAUGCGGCUGAAAAUGAUGAACAUUUACUGCGUUGCCAACAAAUGGGUAAACGGGCGAAGGAUUUGCAAUGUUUUAACUAUUUGCACAGCUUAAUAUCAAGCCCCUUAUUUAGGGACGAUUCUUUGGUAGCUCGUAUUGUACGUAAAACAAUUUAUGAUUUAUUGUCUUAUUUGUGUGACUAUUUCGAUGGUGAUGGUUCUUGUUCGAGGCAUCCUUUCAUCUAUGAACUUUUGUGUGAAUUAAUAAGUUGGCCUAGUUUAGCCAAGGAGUUUUGUAGUAAUGAAGAUGUUGGCGUUCGAUCGCUGUAUAAUACUUUAUUGGAAGUCUUUCCCAUUGAUUUCCAGCACAUGUCUAUGUUGGCUUGUUCCUUAACUAAAGCUGGCAUGGGCAAUUAUAUCAAAUCACAAAUGGAAUCUUUGCCCAUACUCUCCGAUUAUUAUGAUGAAAAUAAAUACUUUCUAAAAUCAGUGGGAGAUGAUGAAUAUGUUUUGACACAGUCAGUUAAACCUUUUGCCCACAUCGAUUUCUAUAUACCAGAAGGAAUAUCGGCUGCUGUUCUGGCUAGACCUGAGGGCUAUUGUGUUCACUUUCGUUUGCCGGUGAAUUAUUUUAAUGUUUUGCAUCAUGAAAUCAAUUGCCUGCUAGCUGAAACCCAGCAAUAUUAUGGAGAAUAUGAAAAUAUUGAACGGGUAAAACGUGUUAAUGAGGGUUUGAAAUAUUUGCACGAAGCUUUAAAGAAAACUAAAACCCUAACGAAUAUAAGUGUGGAAAUGGUGCAUCCUACAGAAAUGUGCAUAGAUUUGUUGAAUAAAUUUAAGGCGGUUCAGCAGCCACCCGUUGAACUAAUGGCCAAUGCUUUGAAUGUCUGCACAGCUCUAUUGCCGUUGGCCGAUGCUGAGAUUUUUAUACGUGUCAUAAAUUUGGCCAUUUUACCGGUUAUAAGUAAUGAUAAUUUGGAUGAUUACAAGAAAUACGCUCAUGGUUCUUGCUUUGACUCAAAUCUGGUGGGCACUUAUUUGGUGGAUGUGGAAAAGAAAAAAGAAAAAUUCGAUUUCCUUCAGGCCUACAUCAGUUUUUUGCGCUGCUAUACAAAACUGCAAAGAAGAAAGUACUUUCAGGUGGAAAUUCCCGGUUUAAUAUUUCUAUUGCGCGACGUUUUCCCUCAUUUACAUGUCUGGAGAUUUCAGUCGCAAGUGGUUAAACACAAAAUUUAUGCUGAAAUUAUGGGUUUUAUAUGUGACAUUCUGGAUGAGUUUACCUCCAUGGAAAAGGACGUCAAAGUGCCCAAGGAUCAUUUGCUGCUGCGUGACAUUUGUGUGUACUCCUUGCUGUCCAUGGAAAAUGGUCAGAUAUUAUUGAGAUUUGUAGCCUUGAGUAAUGCCUACUUGCAGCACUGUAUGGAAAUGGAAUCCAAUUGGAUUGUUCAGCAGACCCAUAGUCUGGUCUUGUUAGUACGUUUGUCGAUGAGAAUUUUAAUGCAGGUGUUAAAAUUGAAAACCAAUAUAUUCAAAACCUCCGAAUUGUCACCCUUGGAAGCCAUGAUUUAUACCCAACCCAAGCAGAGAGAUACUUUGCGUAUUAUACCUGUAGUCACUGGCUAUAUGAGCAAUAUUUUCGAUAGAUGGCUGCCCAUACUGUCGUGUCGUUUGUUAAAAAGAAUUGCCUUGGAAUUUAAUAUGUCUUUGUUGGCCUGUUUGGAUAUGGAACCUGAUCAGAUUAGAUUGACUUUUUUACAAAAGUUACCCGAUGAGUUGGAAAGUGAUUCGAUUAAAAUUGCCAUAUUGGAAUUAAUAGAGGCCUGUAUAGAAAAACAGCCCGGUGUAACGGAGGCUUUCUUCAAGGUGAAUUACAAUAAUGAAAAACGUAUAUUUGGCAAAGAACAAAAUGCUCAAAUAUCCGAUAGUAUUGUAACCUACAUGGAAGAUUACUUGCAGGCUGUGUCCAAGGAUCCCCACAUUGUGGAACAAAUAAUACCCAGUAAAAUAAUGAAUUUGUAUCACAUGCUGUGGAAACAAAACAUGCAAUUAUUAAUGGAUUCUCUGCUGCAAAAGCCCAAUUUUUGGGACAACUUUUGUCAACCUUUAUUUGGCUCUUACAAAGGCAACGUUAAGGCCUACACUCAACUGUUGAAUAUUAUGGCCAUAGAAAUCUUUUGUACCAAUUCUAAAACCAACAAUGGUUUGAAACAAGUUUUAACGAAAUUUUUCGAACCAAAAUAUUUUGAAAAUUGGCUAAAUUUUGUGUUUGAUUUGCCCAAGACAACGAUAAAUAAAUUACAAGAAUUCAAUCCCGAAGAAAUGCCGGAAUGGUUGUGUAGAUUGCAGGCUUUUAAGAGUUUUCUGUUGAUACUUUUGAAAAAACAGCCCUCAUUUAUGGAAAUACCCAGAAAACAAUUCAAACAAUUGGCCGAAAAAUGUUUAAAUAUUUUAGUAGAACGUUCGGAGUAUGUGGAGGAUUUAAGGCCCCUAAUCAUACUCUCGGAAUUAUAUCUUUUUAUUAUCUUAAGCUUCAAGCAUGCGUACACAGAAACCUCAGAGGAACAUAAACAAAUGCUGAGGCAACUGAAUCAUCUAUUAAGCAGUGUGGCUUCUUGUUACAGUGACUUGCAUGUGAGAGCCAAAGAAGCUUGCCUCUCUAUAGCCAUUAAAUCAGCGGAUUUACUUGCGGAAGAACUGACCGAGGAUUCAUCGUUGUCAAUGUCCUUUUUGCAUUCUGUGGUGCACAUAAUUUGCUCAGAAUUACAAUAUUUGGAAAACUGUGUUAAAGUGGAAAUUCAAACUAAGAAAUCACCGCUCGAGGAGGCCAAAAGAACUUCCUCCAAUUCUUUGGUAUUGUGUUUGAAUCUUUUGAAAACUGUGGCUGGGAUUUUUCACAAAGAUGGUUUUGGCAAUUGGGAUUUUCCCUUUAUCAGCAACAAGGUUUUUCAACGUUUAUUAAGCUGCACUGGAGCCCUCUUGCAAUUGAACAGCAAGCAACAGUUGUCCGUGGAACUGCUCGACGUUUUAAUAGUAUUUGCCAAGGGCAAUUGUUCGUCGGAGUUUUUACAUUGCGAUGUGGGUGAUUAUCUAUGGCUGAAACUUUUGCCACCCAAAGAAUUACUGGAGGCCAAUUAUGCCCUGCAACAGCCCAGAGAUUCUGAAUGGACCGUGCAAAAAUGGUGGCCCAUCUAUGCUCGCGGUAUAGAAUUGGUGUGCAUAUUAUUCCACAAACAUUCGUAUCAUUUCCUGAAAGAGGCUUUACAAUUUGUGGGCAUCCAUGAGGAAUAUUUGGUGGAUUCGUUGUUGUUGAGCAAACAAUCUCUAGAACCAGCAGCCAUGUAUUUAAUAAAGAGUACAGUGACCUUAUUGGUCAAUUUGGUGCAAUUCGAAAAGCAAUGGCGUUUGGAACAUUCUCAGUCAUUGUUUAAUUUAAUGCGUUCUGUACAAAUAUUGCUGGGUCAUGCCAUAGCCAUGUUUCAUCAGCCUAAAAAUUUAAAACUUUUGUUAGCUGGCCGUCGUUCUCAAAUAGAUAUUUUAAGGGAUAUCGAAAAUUUGGGCAUGGUGGAUGAAGUUAUAACCACAUUUAAUGAUUUAACGGAGGUAAUAAUUUUAUGUGUCAAAUGUCUGCAAGCCUUUUCUCCAAAUCUUAUCGACUUAAUCUGUGAACCGGAAUUCUCGUCUAGCAAAUGGGAACCGAUUUUUGAAAUACGUUUUGGAGCACCAAAACUCAGUGAAAGUGCCAUACAUCUAACAUUCGGUACAGUACUAAGUAUAGUAGGAGUCUAUACGAAAGUAUUAAAUUUGCAAAAUUAUGGCUUCCAUGAAGUACCCUUGAAUGUCUUACCAGAAAUAGACAAUAAGGAGCCUACAAACGCCUCUACAAAUAUUACUAAAUCACAACAGACCCAACACCACACUUCACAGCGGCCUUUCUCUAAGUCCCUGUCGGUGGCCUCAGUAUCUUCAGUGAAUUGUCCACCCAAUGAACUAUUAUCAAAUUUAGAUGGCGAAUUAUGUCUGAUGGCCUUGGAGCAUAUACUCACCUUGGCUGCCUCUCAAAGUAUGUUGGCUUUGAAAAAUUCUCAGCUGCCUGUACGUGAGAAACAACUCAUAAAACGGGAAAUAUCAAGUGAAUUAUUGUCAUAUCAUGAGUUUGUGCGUCGUAAAGUUUUGGUGGAGUACCGGGAGCAUAAUAAAAUUUGGCACAGGCGUAAACAUGGCCAGGUGUUAAUGCAACUAGUAGAGGAGGCCGAUUUAGCCUCAACAUCUGGUACUUCAGCACAGCGCUCAUCUGCAGACAGUCAGAAAAGACCUUCGACCGACUUAAGAGUGAAUGUCGUAAGACGUUUACACCUGCAACAGCAACAGAGUAGAACACCCACGGGCAACUUUGAAAUGUCUCACAUUAUAAGUCCCAUAAGCUCAAAAAGUCAACAACAGCAGCUAUCAAGUCAACAGCCAGCUGCGUCCACUCCUCAUUUAGCAAGACCAGCUUUACGUAGGCCGGGUGACAGCACAAACGAUGAUCCUACCAAACGAGUUCAUAUAGCCGAAGAAGUUUAUGAAAUUGAACCCGCUGAAGAGGAGGAAGAUAUUGCAUACUUCCCGCCCGAAGACCCCAAAUUCAGUCCUUUAUCCUACAUACAAUUUGUCGAAGAAGACUAUCUACAUUUUAUGUCUAAUUUGUUCUUUAUUAUUUGUCAAAAUGAUUAAAAUUUAUUAUUACGUUACAAAUUAAGUUACAUUUUUUACUCUUUAACAAUACAAAAAAAAGUUUUAUUUAAUAACUAAAAUUGUAUUUAUUAAUAAACUUUUAAAUAGGCAUUAAACUAUUAUCAAA